CCACAGCUCAUCUGUGGUAUGGCCUUUAGUGCUUUCCUGUAUCUGUUUACAUAAAAGUCUAAACCAACGUAUCAAGUGACCAUACUAUUUGGGAAAGGCUGUAAUAUUUUUCUGUAUUACAAAUUUACAAUGUCGACAUCAGAAGGACAAAAUCCAGCCAUAGAACUGAUGAGUCAGAGAAGGUCACGUCUAAUGACAAACGAAAGCAGGCAGAAAGCCUUAGGUUUCGUCCCUCGAUCAAGUGAUGUGCUUGUUGCUACACCAAUAAAAUGUGGCACAACAUGGAUACAACAGAUUAUGCAUCAACUGCGUAGCGGAGGUGAUAUGACCUUUACAGACAUCGACGAAGUUGUUCCAUGGAUUGAAUUGGCUUAUGAUGUCAGACAAGACCUCGAUGCCGAACACAAAUAUCAGCCCAGAUGCUUCAAGACGCACGCUUCGUAUGACGUCUGUCCUAAAGGUGGGAAAUAUAUUGUUGUCUAUCGGGAGCCUUGUGCAUCAUUGUACAGUGCAUUCAAUUUCUUCGAAGGACAAUAUUUUCGACCAGGAGAAAUAACGCUUGAUGAAUUCGUGAAAUAUAUGAUUUCCCCGAAUGAAAAGAUUCAUGUGAAUUACUUCCAGCAUUUGCAGAGCUGGUGGCCAAAACGAAAUGAUCCGAAUGUAUUGUUUCUUUUAUACGAAGAUAUGUUGGAAGACUUGGAAAGUGCAGUGAGGGCUGUUGCAUCGUUCAUGGGUAUUGAUGAUGAAGCUAGUAUAACAAAUGCCGUGAAAAUGAGCACAUUUGAUUUUAUGAAGCAAAGUCGAGAAAAGUUCGCAUGCAACCUCUUAUCAAGUUAUCGGAAUAAAGCGAUGGGAAUACCAGAAGCAGUCAGACUUCAACGUGUUGCCACGGGUUCUGCAACAAAAGGACGGGAAAUGAUGGACGAGGGUACCAAACAAGCUGUUCAAAAAAUGUGGGAUGAGACAAAUGUUACAAAAGAGACGGGUUUUCAAGAUUACAGUGAGUUUAGAGAUGGUUUGAAGAGGGAAAAACAGUCCUAACUCGAUAGGUUUUCCAUAGUUCAUGCCUUUCUAGAUUAAUAAUAUUAUUCGUGGUAACAACGUAACAAUUGAUCUGACAACUAACAAAUGACAACUUUACGUGUCAUAGCAUGCUGCGUAACACUAUUAACACUGUGACAUGUUGUACACUAUAUGUUGCUUACAUGACGUACUGUUUCCUAAAAGCGCUGAUUGCGAGAUUUUAUAUUGGCUAUCGCAAGAUAUCCGUGAUCAGGCAAUUAUAUACUGUACGUAGUCGUCGGCCAUUUCCCAUGCAGCAAUAGCGACUAUUAAUCAUUAAUUUCAACAGUCCUUUUUAAGAACAACCAAUAUAGCACUUGCAAGCCAUUUUGUUUCAACUUGUCAAAUUUUGCGGGUUUUAAGCGGCUGUCCUUUUUAAAGUACCAUUCGGAGUAAGACUAAUUGUCACCCUGAAAACCUACAAGGCAUAGGCUUACGUAGCCUGCGUAGCAGGCGUUUAGCUGACGGGCGGGUACAGAGGGAACGCCUGCCCAAAUUGGCUGUGACAAAUUUGUUUUCGCCCAUUAAGGAUGAUUGACGUUUUGUAAUUAGCACCUUCACCCAUUAUCCAAUCAUAGUCGAGAUUUAUAUUUAGCAUCAUGCAUGCUUUUUGCUCGGCAACUACGCCGGGAGAUUUCCAGAGAUUUUAUGCACUAUUUAAAACACGAGCAGCAGUGUUUUAUCAGGUAUAAAGAUGGUCUGAUAAAACACGCACUGCGAAUGUUUUAAAUUGCUUCAAAAGAUCGAUCUAGUAUACGUUCAUUGGCGAAGUAGCUUUCAAAAAAUUCGGUGUGUAUUUGUAGAGAAAAUCAUUAAAAUUUAUGUAAAUCAAGGGAAAUCUCUAUCACAUAUCAAGGAUACGACACGUUUAUGAUUUUUCUUUGUGUUUUCCUCAUGAAUUAUUGAGUUUUUGAAGCUAUUUUAGACAACAGUCAGUCACAACGUGCCAGGGGCGGAUCCAGUUUCUGAGGUGACUGAUGCCUAAGACCUCGCAUUUGUAGGGGGGUCCAGGGGUAUCCUCCCCCGGGAAAUUUUGAAAUCUAGGACCUCGGAAAUGCGAUUUGCUGCGUUCUGAGCGAACUCUUUUGUUCCAAUUCAUACAUCAGAGUCACAAAAUUAUUCCCUGCAUUUUUGGGAAGCACGUAAAAAACUUGAACCUAUAUCGUAAAAACAACAUAAUUUCUCUAUAUAAGAAAACAAUAUUUGCUUGUACAAGUGUAAUAGCAGCAGUGGAACAUAAGUCUCUAUUCAAAAAUAGUCAGUACUGUGCUUCUUGUAGCCUUAACUUUUCUAUUGAAAAAUAUUUCGGCAAAAAAUCACAAGCAACGCAAAUACACACAUGCGUGUAAUAAAGGUGUAUACAGUGUGAUCCACUAGUUGCAUUGCUGAACUCAGAAGGGAGUGUUAUUGUGUUGUUUUUUAACCACCUUCCAUUAUUAGUUUCCACUAAUUUCCAGUGUUCCAUGAGUAAAAUCUUCUAGCAUUAGAAUGGUGCAUAAAGGUAUUUUGUGCUCUAGUGGGUAAACUUAUUUAUAUACAACUCUGUCUUAUGCUGCUAAUCUUACUCUGUAUGGACAGUGUGGUUGACAUCAGUUGGUCGAUUUCAUUAAAUUCAUUCCCCCCUAGCUGCCUUUGACAUGAACUGCAUGGUGAAUAGCCCACACUCUGAAUACUGAGAAUAUUGCCCUGUGACCAGGAUACCAGUAAACUAACACACAACAAGCACUGGGUUAAAAAUUCUAUUAGUAUAACUAGGUACACGUACACGACCACAAAUUUUAAAUCAAUAGAGACUGUGUGUAAAUUGAUUUAAUGAACUAUCUUAGUUGGAAAUUGUUUGUCAAAUGAACCUACCAAACUGUACAAUCAUUACGAUAAACAAUAUACCAUGACAUAAUUGAAUCAUGUCUUCUAUCUGUUCCCUUUUGCCUGCCUUUCGACUAAUAUUAAUAUAGUAUUCUUUUAAGAUGUUGUCAAUGUAGAAAGGCUGCACAGUAGUAUUGAUGAAUAUUUUCCCUGUGUUAUUAUAUAAAUGCACAUCUUUGUCAAAUAUAUCCAUACACUUAUCAAUGGUAAUCCGCAGGGUAUAUAGUAUUGGGACAAUUAGCACUACAAAUAUAUAAUUUUAUUAAAUAUAUUUUCCAAACUAUCCCACUUUUGUGAGCAAAUUUC